GGACUGGAGCAAACGAGACGAGCUCAAAGACCUUGACAGGAUGCUAGAGCAGACAAUGAUCAAGUUGUAUGCUGAGAUCCUGCGGUAUCAAAUGAUGUUUGUGAGGCAAUACUUUCGGUCACGUGCGCUUCGAUUUCUCCGGGACUUCCCCGUUAUGGAUGACUGGAAGUCGAUGCUCGGUACAAUUGAUGGAUUGGAAGGACAGACCCGAAAGUAUUUGAAAAAGGUCUCAGAAGAGACACUCGAAGGCAUCUAUCGGAAAUACGACGAGAUAUGGGAUGUGGUUAGCAAGGCCCUCGGAAAUACAGAGGAUAUCAAGCAUAACCAGAUAUUGAACGAGCUUAGCUGUAUCUACGGCGCCGCUUUUAAUUCAUCCGAUCGUCGAAUUCAGUGCCUGAAAGGGACACAGGUUCCAAUUUUGCGACUGAUAGAGAACUGGUGCUGCAAGCCAAGUGAGCCACCGGUAUUCUGGCUUCAGGGAAUGGCUGGUACGGGAAAAUCAACCAUUGCUUGUACAGUGGCAACUGCACUCCAGGACAGAAGGCUUUGGACGGAGGACGAAUAUCUGCCCGGUCUAAUAUGUCUUGGAGGAAGCUUCUUCUUUGACAAAAACAUCUCGGACCAAAAGACAACUGAUAAAGUUCUUCCAACUCUGGCACGGAACUUGGCCAAUGCCCUGCCGGAUUGUGCAGGUGCCUCAAGAGUACGAUAUGUGUAUUGUCCAGCAUCCUAGGGCAUGAUUCCUGUGUGUAUAACUUAGGUGGUUAUGGUCAUCUUUCCAUUUGGGAAACAGGAACUUUCACAUUCUUGGAAGAUAGAUAGAUUCAAAACCAUCACGCUUUCU